AUGGGUGAGAAAGAAAAAAAUAAAGACAUUGAAGAAUACAACCCCUUCGAGCAUCGGGAGGUUGUCAAACCAAAUUCAGACCUUAGAUCCUUGGCGAAUCUUAUAAAGUCUUCUUUGGGGUCAGGACUACUUGCUAUGCCUUUAGCAUUCUCGAAUGCUGGUUGGGGAGUUGGCAUUGUAGGAACAGUGAUAGUGGCCUUUAUCUGCGGACAUUGUGUACAUAUAUUUGUAGAAACAUCCCGAGGGUGCUGUCGAUUAGAAAGGAAGCCGUUACUAAGUUACUCAGAAACGUGUCGGUCAGCGUUUGCAAAUGGACCCAAAUGUGUCCGACCACUCGCCAACUUUGCACAUUUAUUUGCGGAAUUUUCCUUAUGCUUCACGUACCUUGGCGUCUGUUGUAUAUUUACUGUGCUAAUAGCAACUUCAAUUAAGCAGUUGUUCGACUCGUAUUUGACGACGACGGACAUUCCAGUGGAGCAAUACUGCCUAAUGUUACUGGCGCCACUUUGCCUUCUCUGUCAGAUCAGGCACUUGAAGUGGCUCGCACCGUUCUCCUUACUUGCCAACAUCCUACUGUUUGCAACCUUCGCAAUAUGUCUCUACUACAUAUUCAGGGAACCACUGACUGUCAGCGACAAAAGGGUUGUUGGGGAUUUAUCAAGACUCCCUGCGUUUUUAUCAACUGUGAUCUUCGCAAUGGAAGGUAUAGGAGUGGUGAUGCCAGUGGAGAACACGAUGAAGAAACCCCAACAUUUCCUCGGAUGCCCAAGCGUCAUGGUGAUUGCAAUGACCUUGGUGAUGUGCUUCUACACUAUCUUGGGUGUCUUCGGUUACUUAAGAUAUGGAGAAGCCCUCAGAGGAACUAUUACGUUAAACCUCCCGAUGGAUGACUGGCCAGCAAUAUGUGCUAAGUCUUUCAUAUCGGUGACAAUUUUUCUAACCUACCCUCUACAUUUCUUCGUUGUGAUUGACAUAUUUACAAGAUACGUUCAACCACGUGUGCAAGAAAAGUACCACAACGUUAUGCAAAUAUCUACUCGAAUAUUAAUCGUUUGCUUUUGUGGUGGCAUCGGUAUCGCGCUUCCAUUCUUGGAGCAGAUCAUCAACCUGGUCGGUGCUUUGUUCUACUCUAUCCUUGGUCUCAUCAUACCAGGCGUCAUCGAAACCGUCUUUCGCUGGGAAGACCUUGGCAGAUGCAAUUGGAUUCUAUACAAAAACAUUAUCAUCGUCUUCUGUGGCAUGUUCAGUCUUGUCUCAGGUUGCACCGUCACUAUCUCUGAUACUAUAGAAAUGAUCCAUCAGAAAACUGAAUAA